AUGCCCGCGAACGACGCGCUGGAUAAGCAAAUCUUGAAGCUCUUCGUCCCCGCGAUGCUGAACUUCCUCAUCAUCCCGAUGGUCGGCGCCGUGGACGUCUUCUGGGUCGGUCGCAUGGGCAGCGCGGUCGCGCUCGCGUCGCAGGGAGCGGCGAACCAAGUGUUUCAGAGCGCGUUUUGGAUAAUCUCGUUCGUGCCGUCCAUCAUAGCGCCCGUCGUCGCGAAGGCCGCGGCGAGCGGCGACACGGAGGAGGUCCAGCGCGCGACCGGCGAGGCCAUCUUCGUCGCCUCUCUCGUGGGCGUCUUCGGGAUGGCCCUGUUGACCGUGUUCCGCGCCGGCGCGCUGUCCGUCGUCGGCGUCGUCCCCGGGUCGGAGACGGCGGCCAUGGCGGCGCCGUACAUCGGCUGGCGCGCGCUGACGUUCGUCCCCGCGAUCGUCUCCACCGUCGGUUUCGCCGCGUUUCGAGGCACGCUGGACGUCACGACGCCGAUGAAGAUAACGCUUCUGAGCCAGACGGUGAACCUGGUGCUGGACCCGCUGCUCAUCUUCGGCGGAGGGUUCAUCAAGGCGAUGGGGGUGGCGGGCGCGGCGAUGGCGACGUCCGCGUCCGAGGUGAUGUCCGCGACGUUGUACCUCAGCACGAUGCUGAAGCGCGGGAUCGUCACUCUGAACUCGCUGAUGCGGGUGCCGAGUUGGGGGAACAUAGGGAAGCUCAUGGUGGGCGGCGCGGCGGUGCAGAUGCGGUCCAUCGCGCAGAACAUCACGUUUCUCGCCGUGAUGCGCGCGAUACUCACGAUGGACGCCACGGGGACCGCCGCGGCGGCGCACACAGUCUCCGCGCAGAUGUUCCAGCUGUGCCUCAUCGCCGUCCUCGCGCUGUCGACGCUGGCGAGCAUUCUCAUCCCGCAGAAGCUCAACGCGGCGCUUGACGGAGGAGGCGGCGCGGAGGCGGCGAAGACGUGCGCGGACCGGCUGCUUGUAUGGGGUUUAUUGCUGGGGACGUUCUUGGCGUGCGUGCAGCUCGCGGCGCUGCCCGCGCUCAAGUUUUUCACGCCGCUGGAAAACGUGCAGGCGAUGGCGCGCGGGCCGAUGCCGCUCAACGGUCUCGUGUUCGUCGCGGAGGGUCUGAUGCAAGGGCAUCAGGCGUUUCCGCGGCUGGCGGGGGGGAUGCUCGUGUCCACGACGCUGAUGCUGGGCGCGCUGCAGCUGUGGGGGUCCACCGUGGAGGGCGUGUGGUGCUGCUUCUUCGUGUUUAACGUCUCGAGGCUGGCGUUCGGGCUCCGGCAUCACUUUUACGACGGGCCUAUCGCGCCGCGGAACAUGCGCAAGGCAAAAGCCGCGUGA